UCCGCCCCUUAUGACUCCCCUCUCGGUGUGAUGUUUAGGUCCAUGUGAUUUCCUCCAAUUUCCAGCUGCUUCCUCUCUUUUCGACGGGAGUUUGGGUCUCGCUGAACUCCUCGCGCUCUGGAUCAAGUCGCUGUCUCCGGAAACACCACAGAAUAUGGCGGACCUGGACAGUUUCUUCGCCAAAAAGGACAAGAAGAAGGUGAAGGGAAAGAAGUUCACGACCACCGAUGAAAUUGCACGUCGACUGGAGGAGACGGAGAAGAAGCUCGAGCAGCAGCAGGGGAAUAAGGCCAAGGCGCUCGAACCCGUCAAGAAACUAGAGGAGAACUGCGAGGACGCGCCCGUGGUCGUGGAAGUCAUCCCGAAGAAGGAGGAAGAGGAAUGGAAUGACUUCAAGGAUGAGGCGGAACGAGACUUAACAGACCUGAAGAUAUCCAAAUUGCAAAUCGAGGAUGAAGAAGAUGGAGGAGGAGGAUCAGCAGAUGAUGAUGGAGAGAAGGGGGAGCAUGGAGAUAAGAAAGAUGGAGUUUGGAAAACUGAGCAGGUUGCAGCACCACAGCCCACAUUUGUGGAAUCCUGA